AUGUUCAAAUCCUCUUCGGCGUCUGAGCCGUAUUCCAAAUCGCUGAAACCGGCGUCCAGGCGUCAGUUCAAUCAAUUCAGCACAAUAGCGUCGCACAUACGACGUCGGCCGUACCUGUUGUUACUACUGCUGCCGUUGCUGUUCCUGAUACCCCAUUAUCAUAAAACCCCGAAGGUGGUGAUCAUUCUCGCUGCGAACGAGGGAGGAGGAGUGCAACGGUGGAAGACGCCCCAGGAGUGGUCUGUGGAACGGUCAUCCAUUGCAAACAAGCGCGACUACGCCGAAAGACACGGAUACGUGCUUUCUAUCAAAGACACAGCAUUGAAAAGACGAUACAGCCACGAAUGGCGCGAGGGGUGGGAAAAAGCCGACAUUCUCAAGCAAACCAUGAGACAGUACCCGCAGGCAGAGUGGUUUUGGUGGCUGGACUUGCACACGUUCAUCAUGGAGCCCGACAUCUCGCUGGAGGAAUAUCUGUUAAAAGAUCUCGAGUCUCGCACCUACAGAGACCUGUCAUACUGGAACCCACUGCGGAUUGUUGUGGAUUCUCCGUAUGUGGACGUGAAGAAUUCGCCCGUCGACAUGAUCAUGGCCCAGGACUGCGGAGGGUUCAAUCUCGGCAGUUUCCUUGUGCGCAGGUCGCCAUGGACAGACAUGCUGCUUGAUCUCUGGUGGGACCCCGUGUUGUACGAGCAGAUGCACAUGAGCUGGGAACACAAGGAACAGGAUUGUUUGGAGACUCUAUAUAGUUCCCAGCCAUGGAUCAGAGAACGCAUUGGGUUUGUCCCGCUAAGAGCAAUCAACAGCUUUCCUCCAGGUGCCUGCGCCGAUCAAAAGGACGAUCCGCAAUUUUUCUACAACGAAAAAGACCGCGACUUCUUGGUCAACAUGGCCGGCUGUAACUUCGGUGAUCGUUCGUGCUGGAACGAGUAUGAUCACUACAGAAACUUGCAAAAACGACUAAACAGCAGAAACAGAUGGUGGUGGUUACCCGGCUGGUUCAAAUAA